GCGGCGUAUUAUAUUAUUACGUUGGUUGACCGUCUAUACACGGGUUCAAAAAAAUUUAAUUAAAGAACCUUUUGGCGAAAGCAGAAACCACGCAAAAAUGCCCACGUUGCACACGCCGGAUCCGAGGCUCUUAUGUUUCCUUGGCACUUUGGCAGGUUGGAUCGGAGACUUUACAGGCUACAGCGGAAUCCGUUGAUGGUAUUUCUCUCUCGGCUGCUGCUGCUGCUGGCGCUGCCGCACUGCCGCUGCCGCCGCCGCCGCUGCCUGCGGGGUGCGGCCGUGCGGGCCUGCGGGGUGCUGGCGCUGCGCCGCUGCCAACCUGCCCCCACUGCCCGUGACUGCUGACUAGUGACUAGUCUCUCAGUAGCCGCUCCAUAAAAUGGGGCCGAGCGCGCUCCCACACCCAGACUAGUUCCGCUGACCGCUUGAACUCUCCUCCCUCGCCCGCGCGUCUCCGCCGCCCCACCGGCCACCGCCCGCGCCUCCGCCGCGGCAGCUGUCCAAAAGCUGAAAAUAGAUAGAAUCACGAGGGGGGGAUUGCCUAGACAACGAUCCUUAGUUAAUCAAACACGGGCUGCCAGAUUCGGGGGGGCGUUCGCGUUCCUACCCUCUCAUCACUCUCCCCGUAAAACCCCGGCUGGGUUUAUCUCAUCGCCGCCGGGCGGCGAGCGGUGGGAGGCAAUGGCAGGGUGGGGGCCCUCCAGGCUGCCGACGUGCGGGCCGUGGGGCCGCGGCGUGGCGCUGGAGAGGGAGCUGUCGCGGGACGGCAGCCACUACAGCAUCUCCAGCGGCAUCCUGCCGUCGCUCGGCGCGCGCAGCAACCGCCGCGCCAAGCUCAGGCCCUUCAUCGUCUCGCCCUACGACCGCCGAUACAGAUGCUGGGAGACUUUUCUCAUAAUUCUUGUGAUAUACUCUGCAUGGGUUUCCCCAUUUGAGUUUGGCUUCAUUCGGAAACCGGCGGGCGCCCUAGCUGCAGUGGACAAUGUCGUGAAUGCGUUCUUCGCAGUGGACAUCAUCCUGACCUUCUUUGUAGCUUACUUGGAUAGAAUGACAUACUUGCUUGAAGAUGAUCCAAAAAGGAUAGCUUGGCGGUAUACUACCAGUUGGUUUAUUCUUGACGUGGCCUCUACCAUCCCAAGUGAAUUUGCUCGGAAGAUACUGCCACCAAACCUCAGAUCAUAUGGAUUUUUCAACAUGCUUCGUCUAUGGCGUCUCCGUAGAGUCAGCUCUCUCUUUGCUAGAUUGGAGAAAGAUAGACAUUUCAAUUACUUCUGGGUUCGAUGUGCAAAGCUCAUAUGUGUCACACUUUUUGCCGUCCACUGUUCGGCAUGCUUCUACUAUCUUCUCGCUGACAGGUAUCCUGACCCAACGGAUACGUGGAUUGGCAAUUCGAUGCCAGAUUUUCAUCAGCGGGGUUUGUGGAUUCGAUAUGUAGUAUCAGUGUAUUGGUCAAUCACUACUCUUACAACUGUGGGUUAUGGUGAUUUGCACGCGGAGAACACAAGGGAGAUGAUAUUCAACAUUUUCUACAUGCUAUUCAACCUUGGAUUGACUGCCUAUUUGAUUGGUAACAUGACCAAUCUGGUUGUCCAUGGCACCAGCCGUACUCGAAAAUAUAGGGAUACAAUUCAAGCAGCAACCAGCUUUGCACUAAGGAAUCAGUUACCAAGUCGGCUCCAAGAUCAGAUGAUCUCACAUCUUAGCUUGAAGUUCAGAACAGAUUCAGAAGGUCUUCAACAACAAGAGACCCUUGAUGCGCUUCCCAAGGCUAUAAGAUCAGGCAUUUCUCAGUAUCUGUUUUUCAAUCUUGUCCAAAAAGUUUACUUGUUUGAAGGGGUGUCCAAUGACCUAAUUUUUCAACUGGUUUCUGAGAUGAAAGCUGAAUAUUUUCCACCUAGGGAAGAUGUGAUACUGCAGAAUGAAGCACCCACAGACUUCUAUAUUUUAGUUACUGGUAGCGCGGAGUUGAUAGAGUUGCGAAAUGGCGGGGAACAGAUGGCUGGAGUGGCUAAGGCAGGAGAUGUUGUCGGAGAAAUUGGGGUUCUUUGCUAUAGGCCCCAACUAUUCACAGUUCGAACAAAAUCAUUAUGCCAGCUUCUGCGUAUGAAUCGCACUGCCUUUCUCAGCCUUGUUCAAUCCAAUGUUGCAGAUGGAACAAUAAUAAUGAACAACCUUAUGCAGUUACUAAAACAGCAGAAAGACAACAGUGUAAUGGUGGGUGUUCUUAAGGAGAUUGAGAACAUGCUAGCGCGGGGUCGUCUGGACUUGCCAAUUACCCUCUGUUUUGCGGUAAAUAAAGGAGACGAUUUAAUGUUACAUCAACUUCUGAAGCGUGGUUUGGAUCCAAAUGAAUCAGAUAACAAUGGGCAUACAGCACUGCAUAUAGCUGCUUCCAAAGGAGACGAACAAUGUGUCAAGCUUCUUCUAGACUACGGAGCUGAUCCAAAUGCUAGAGACUCUGAAGGAAAAGUGCCUCUAUGGGAGGCUUUAUGUGAAAAGCACAAUGCAGUGAUAGAGCUGUUAGUAGAGAGUGGUGCAGAGCUAUCAUCUGGAGACACGGCCUUGUAUGCUUGCAUCGCUGUUGAGGAAAAUGAUGCUGAGCUGCUUGAGAACGUUAUCCGUUAUGGUGGCAACAUAAACAACCCAACGAAAGACGGAACCACACCGCUGCAUCGUGCGGUCUGUGAUGGAAAUGUUCAGAUGGUUGAGUUGUUGCUGGAACACGGAGCUGACGUCGACAAGCAGGACAGUAAUGGCUGGUCGCCAAGAGAUCUAGCUGAUCAGCAAGGCCAUGAUGACAUUCAGGCUCUCUUCAAAUCACGAAAAGCACACAGGAAGCAUGCCUCAAAUGGCAGAGUGGCACCUAUGCUGAUAGGGAGAUUCAACAGUGAGCCCUCGAUGCCAGAUAUGAGCCAUGAAAACGCCAGAGUACGCAGCGAAGUUGUUCCGCAGAAGCUCCUCCGAAAGAGGGUGAGUUUCCAGAAUUCUCUUUUCGGCGUCAUCUCUUCGUCCCACGCCCACCAGGACACCGGCCGUCUGCUCUCGAAAGGCCUCGCUGGAACAGAGGGUCCAAAUUGCCGUCACGACUCCCUCAUCAGGGUGACAAUCAGCUGCCCCGAGAAGGGGGGGAACGCCGCAGGGAAGCUCGUGCGCCUACCGCGGUCGAUGGCCGAGCUUCUCGAACUAGGUGCAAAGAAGUUCGGCAUCAAGCCUGGCAAGGUCCUGACAGUUGGGGGUGCUGAGAUUGAUGAGGUGGAGCUUAUCAGAGACGGUGAUCAUAUUCUUCUCGUCAGUGAUGAAUGGGUGCCAGAUGUUGAGCAAAUUAGGCCUUAACAAUAAGUGAGCCAGCUGUGGUGCUCUUAUUGCAAUUUGACAUGAUAUGGGGAAACAUGCCCCUGUGACCCUGUGUGCAUCAGUGCAUGUCCCCCAUUUAAACUGAAGUGUAGCUUAUGAUGGUUUUGAAGCUGUAGGAUGUAUCCAGCUUGGAAAUGAAUUUGUAGUCAGCUGGUCUGUAUGUAGUUUCGUCAUCUCUUUCCAUGGGAAGGGAUUCACAAAAUGUAAUUACAUGAUUUCUUUUUUUUCCUGUCUUUAGAUCAAGCUUUCUCUGGAAGUGAGAAAUAUUCGUGAGUCAUGAAUUUUGAGAUAUUGAUCCUAUCAGUUCAUUUUAGUUGCUAUUUCAA